AUGCGCGCACCUUCAUUGCAGGAUGUGUUGCAGGUGCGAAGCAGCUCGGCCGUGUAUGGCGCCGUGGCAUUGCACCUCAACGUGAUGAUGUAUGCCUGCUCCUUCUGGCUGACGCAGCCGCUGCUGCCAUACAUGACGGCACGCCUCGGCGUUGAUCGCAUCACCUUUGGCUACCUGCAGUCGGCCCUCGAGGUCGCACAGAUCAUCUCAAGGUUGCAUGACUCUGUGGCUGCUGUUGUGACGAAUGCGGUGCUGAUUGGGCCGCUGCAACGUCGCUUCCGCCCACAGCAGCUCAUCCUCGCCUCCAUCUCCGCGCUCGCCCUCUGCUUUGCCAUCCUCACCUUCACCCGCACGUACCAGGAGCUGCUUGUCCUGCUUGUGCCCGUCUCCAUCGCCUCCACCGUCCUGUACACCAUCACCGCUGCUUCGCUCAGCAACAGCGUAGACAGCGACGAGACAGGCACAGCCGUCAGCAUCAGUCACUCCAUCCGCUCCUUCACCGGUGUUGUUGCACCACCCAUUGGCGGCACCCUCUUCACAUAUGCCCGGCUCGAUGGCGUUGGGUUUGCCAGCAGCGGUCUCGCUGCCAUCGCAGCGUUUGUCUACAUGCUCCUCACCAACGCAACAGUGGCGGCUGCGCAGGGCGCUGGUGAUCACGAACCCGCAGCACGCGCCCACGACAAGAAGACGUCGUAA